AUUUAACCUUCGCAUGCCUUUGAAAUGUCAGUGCGACGUUUGUUAUCGUCGCUAUCGGUACACAUAUUCGGUUGUGGCUGUCGGUGUAAAUCUUCUCGUACUAAACUUUCACUUUACUCAAAAACUAUGGAGCCCAAAGUAAAUCUGAAAGAAGAUCCAGCAUUCAAAAAACUCCAAGAGUACUACGAUGCUAACGCCGGUAAAAUUAAUAUCCUGCAAAUGUUUCAACAGGACGCCGAUAGAUUUAAUAAAUUCAGCCUCACAAUUCCUACUCCUAAUGAUGGUGAUAUCCUGCUGGACUACUCCAAGAACCGCAUCAAUGAUACACUGUUCCCUUUACUCCUCAAUCUGGCAAAGAGUCGAGGAGUUGAGCAAGCUAGAGAUGCUAUGUUUACUGGCGAGAAGAUCAACUUUACCGAGGACCGAGCAGUGCUCCACAUAGCACUGCGUAACCGUCAGAACCGACCCAUCCUCGUGAACGACAAGGAUGUGAUGCCCGAUGUGAACGCAGUGCUGGAGCACAUGAAAGAGUUCUCAAACCAGGUCAUCAGUGGACAGUGGAAAGGGUACACUGGUAAGCCGAUCAGUGACGUCAUAAACAUCGGCAUCGGCGGCUCGGACCUGGGACCACUGAUGGUCACCGAAGCUCUAAAGCCGUUCGCCAAUCAUCUGAAGGUACAUUUCGUAUCCAACAUCGACGGCACCCACCUGGCCGAAGUAUUGAAGAAGCUCAACCCUGAGACGGCGCUCUUCAUCAUCGCCUCCAAGACCUUCACCACGCAGGAGACCAUCACCAACGCCACUUCCGCCAAGAACUGGUUCCUGGAGCAGGCGAAAGAUCCGUCAGCGGUCGCUAAGCAUUUCGUCGCUUUAUCUACCAACGGCGAGAAGGUUACCGCCUUCGGAAUAGAUCCCAAGAAUAUGUUCGGAUUCUGGGACUGGGUCGGAGGAAGGUAUUCUCUGUGGUCUGCUAUCGGCCUGUCGAUCUCCCUGUACGUGGGCUACGAUAACUUCGAGAAGCUUCUAGAGGGAGCCAACUUCAUGGACCAGCAUUACGCAACCGCGCCGUUGGAGAAAAACGCCCCCGUCAUCCUGGCUCUGCUCGGCGUGUGGUAUUCCAACUUCUAUGGCGCUGAAACACACGCCCUUCUGCCCUACGAUCAGUAUUUACACAGGUUCGCCGCAUACUUCCAACAAGGCGAUAUGGAGAGCAACGGCAAAUACGUGACGCGGGCCGGGAAUCAAACCGACUACCAAACUGGGCCCAUCGUGUGGGGCGAGCCGGGGACUAAUGGACAACAUGCCUUCUACCAGCUCAUACACCAGGGGACCAGGUUGAUUCCUUGCGAUUUCAUCGCCCCGGCACAGACCCACAACCCCAUUGCCGGUGGGAUACAUCACAAGAUCUUACUCGCCAACUUUUUGGCUCAAACCGAGGCGUUGAUGAAGGGAAAAACAAGUAGCGAGGCUAAAGCUGAGUUAGUCAAGAGUGGAAUGUCUUCCGAAGCGGUGGUGAAGAUUCUGCCGCAUAAAGUUUUCAGGGGUAACCGCCCCACUAACUCCCUGCUCGUACGGAAAAUUACGCCCUUCACUCUCGGCGCUCUGAUUGCCAUGUACGAACACAAGAUAUUCACCCAAGGCGUUAUCUGGGACAUCAAUUCGUUCGACCAAUGGGGCGUGGAGCUCGGCAAACAGCUGGCCAAGGUCAUCGAACCCGAGCUCAAGGGCAACGACCCCGUCUCCUCGCACGACGCUUCCACCAACGGGCUCAUCAACUUCAUCAAGAGCAACUUCUAAUGACCUUUUUAAUGGUGCGUGGUAGUUUGUUUACGAUCGAAACAUAAAGAGAAUGGACUGAAUUUGAUAACUUUUCCGUAGAAAUAGAGACAAAACUGCUAAAGACAAAUUCUCUGGAAAAAACAUCUUAAAAUCAAGCUUUAAAUAAAAAUAUUCUAAUAACUAUCAAGAUUGGUUCGUCUUUCUCCCUCCCAGUUUUACAUUAAUGUUGGAUAAGGUAUACUCAGUCCAUUCUUUGUGCACAUGUUUACAGUAUAUUCAGUGUUGCCAGGAAUAAAUUAUGUAUUUAACUUCUUCUUUAAAAAUAUUGAAUGUACCUACGUAAUUUGUUUAAACGCAAAUAGUAAAAUCGGUUGAAUAUUUUUUUUUGAAUUAUCACAAUAAAAAGUUUUAAUAAAUAAAAAAAAUAUAUCAUUGAGCUUUUGAAAGUAAUAUUUUAAUAUUAUGUAUGAUGUUAUAAAGAUUAUAUUAUCAAUAUUUCUAAAAAUCACCAACUAAUAUAAAUAAUAGAAAUAAAUUAAUACAAAUAAGUCAGAUCGAAAAUAAUAUUGUUUCACAAAAGUGACUUAUUUGUCGCGAGAAAAUAAUUUUCUUGUAAGAUAUUAUCUAGAUAAUAAUAUAUAUUUUAUCUCCAAAAAAGAUAUAUAUUCAGUAAGUGCAUAAUACAAUUUUAACAGAAACGAAAUUAUUAUAAUAAAAGAACCUUUGAAAUUUAUUGCUUUUUUAAAGGAAUUUUAAAAAUGCAUUCACUUUCGAUUCUCACCCAUUCCAGGCAAAUAAUGGUAUUUUAAAAUGCAUUUUUAAGUUUUAUAUUUAUGAAAAUGUUUCAGUAUAAUUUUAUUUCCGAGAUAUGUUUGUUUUUGUACUUAUUUAUAUUAUUAUUACGUUAUUAAGUGUCUGAAGUAAAUUAUUAAACUCUUUAUUAAUAAUUAUGAUCAAUUAUUCAACUCUUAUUUUUUAAUAAAAAAAUGAUAUUAUUUAGAAAUAGCAAAUAGUGUAGUUAAAUAAUAGUUUUAUUCGUGUUGUUAUAAAUAUAUAAAUCUCUUUUGAUCAUUAUUUCUUAUGAUAAUUUAUUUUUAAUAAUAUAUGCAGCAAUAAUAAUAUACAUAAUCAAAUUUAACGUUAUAUACAAAAUUGAAAACAAUAAUUUAUUGAAUAUAAAAACUAUUAAAGUAUAAUUUUCAUUAGUGUUUUAAAUAAAUAUACGUUUAAAAAUAUUUUAGGUGAAUUGUUAAACAUCAAAAAUACUUAUUGAGAUACUUUAUUAGCUAUCUACAAUUGUGACACGAAAAUGUUGAUCAAUUUUGUUUAAAUAUAAAUUCUAGGAACCUGUCUAAACUGUACAUUAUUAUUACAAUUUGGAUAAAUAUUUUACAUAAAUAUAUUUGUCAAAAUUUCCAUAAUAAAUUCCAAAUUUUUAAUUUAAGUCUGACGGCCGUACU